CAUGAUGUUUGAUUUGACUUCCAUUUUACGAUCUCCCUUAAUCUCUCUAUCAACAAUGUGAACACAUGUUCGAAGUCGCCCCCACGUUACCUCUACACAGAUCUUGGCCUACAGCAACCCCACCAUUUUCUCAACACCCAACCCAAGAUCCACAAAAUACAACAAAAGUAAAAACCCCACUUCAAUCAUCAACAUUCAAGUCUGUGACUGUGGGUCGAUCAACAAGAUUAGGUAAAUUAUAGCAAAAUUACACGUUCUUGCUGUUAGGGUUUGUUUCAGAUGCUAUAGUUGUUACUUGAUUUUGUGCUGCAUUUGUGUUUUGAGUCUGGAUUUGCUGGUUCAAUACUUGGGAUUUGAUUACAUUAUAGUUUGCGUACCAGGUGUUUGUUGAAAUGCUUGGACUUUUGGUUUGAUCAUUUCUAAGUGUUUUUGUCAAGAUCUUGAAUUUUUGUACUGGGUGUUUGUUGAAAUAUUGGGAAUUUAGGUUACUGAUUGGUAAAUCAUCAAUUUGGUUGAUUUGCAAGUCCAAAUCUUUAUUUUUUUUGUACUGGGUGUCUACUCAAAGAUCUUGUUAUGGAGUGAAGAUUUUUAAGGGUUCUUGAGGCUAAGGUUUAGUGUUUUGUGCUACAUUUUGAUAUUAGUGAUGGGAAUUUAAAGUAAAAGUAAGCGUUUUGUUGACGAGAGAAGUUAAAUUCUGUUUAAAUGGCUUCGACAUCACCUUCUCCGGGUUCUUCACCUUCAUCGAUUCCUCCUGCUUCUUCAGACCCUACGUCUCUCCCCCCUACGUCUAUUCCUGAUCAGGCCACCGUAACUCCACCACCCCCUGCUACCCCUGCAGAUGCAGCUCCACCUCUUCAAUUGCCUCCAGUACCAGUUAUUAAUUCACCACCACCAGAAGCAUUAUCACCACCACCACCGGAUGCAUCCCCACCACCACCAGUACCGGAUGCAUCCCCACCACCACCAGUACCGGAUGCAUCACCACCACCGCCAUUACCAGAUGCAUCGCCGCCACCACCACCAUUGCCAGAUGCACCGCCACCACUUCCACCAGAUGCAUCGCCACCACCACCAGUAUUACCCAACUCUCCUCCCCCAUCACCACCCGCAAAUGCCCCUCCACCAUUACCACCUCCUGUCACCGCCACUCCCCCAGCUGCAACAGUUUUGUCUCCGCCACCGUCAUCAGGCGGUUCCCCUCCUCCACCAGACCCAACCGUAUCUCCACCGUCUCCAACCCCACCUGACCCCACCCUUUCUCCACCACCUCCUCAAUCACUUCCCCCUUCCCCACCACCUCCAGAAAAUGUUCCCUCACCACCGGCCUCCGCCUCUCCCCCUACACGAACCGCAAACCCGCCCGAAAACCCUCCACCGAAUCAACACCAAACACCACCUUCACCUCCCCCCGCAAACACCUCCAUCACCCCACCAUCUUCAACAUCAUCACCUCCUCCUUUACCACCCCCUACCAAUUCAUCUAUCCCGACAACCCCUAGUUUACAGUUGCCACCUUCACCCACCGAGAAACCAACCGCACGAGCAACCGACACUAGCACAAGCGGUAGACAAAACGGUUCGUCCGGUGGACCAAAUACAGGCAGUGUAGUAGCAAUCAGCCUUGUUGUCGGUUUUGUCACAAUCUCUCUCCUCCUGAUGGCUGUGUGGUACAAACGCAGGCAAAAAAGACGAAAUCGACGCCCUAAUGUUAACUACAUUAUGCCUUCACCAUCUGCUUCUUCUCAAAAGUCAGACUCCCAAUUUCUGAGGUCCCAACCGUCAACUCAUCCGCUAGCCGCAAGCCCAUCGUUAAGUAACUCCAUGUACUCACCGGACCAUGGUGGUGUGGGAAACUCACGGGCAUGGUUCACCUACGAAGAGUUAGCCGAGGCUACAGAUGGGUUUUCCGGAAGCAAUCUUUUAGGUGAAGGUGGGUUCGGGUGUGUUUACAAGGGGUUGUUAGCAGAUGGGAGAGAAGUUGCGGUUAAACAACUGAAAAUUGGUGGCAGUCAAGGUGAACGUGAGUUCAGAGCUGAAGUUGAGAUUAUUAGUCGAGUUCAUCAUCGGCAUUUAGUUUCUCUUGUUGGUUAUUGCAUCUCUGAGCAUCAAAGAUUGCUUGUUUAUCAAUAUGUCCCGAAUGAUACGCUUCAUUACCAUCUUCAUGGUGAAGGCAGGCCGGUUAUGGACUGGGCGACCCGAAUUAGAGUUGCUGCUGGUGCAGCUCGUGGUUUGGCUUACUUGCAUGAAGAUUGUCAUCCACGGAUCAUUCACAGGGACAUUAAAUCAUCAAACAUUUUAUUGGAUGACAACUUUGAUGCCCAGGUGGCAGAUUUUGGGCUUGCAAAGUUAGCAAUGGAUUCAAAUACACAUGUCACAACUCGUGUCAUGGGCACCUUUGGAUAUAUGGCUCCUGAGUAUGCUUCAAGCGGGAAGUUGACUGAAAAGUCAGAUGUUUUCUCAUUCGGAGUAGUGGUCUUAGAGCUCAUCACUGGCCGUAAGCCUGUCGAUGCAUCUCAACCCCUUGGUGAUGAGAGCCUGGUGGAAUGGGCCCGGCCUUUACUCAACCAAGCACUUGAAAACGAGGAUUUCGAAGAACUGGUAGAUCCAAGGCUCGGAAAGAACUAUGUGCAGGUAGAAAUGUUUCGGAUGAUCGAAGCAGCUGCAGCCUGCAUUCGCCAUUUAGCCCCAAAACGACCACGAAUGAGCCAGGUGGUGAGAGCUCUAGACUCGAUUGUUGAAUUCACAACAGAUUUGUCAAACGGGAUGAAACCAGGUCAGAGUGAAAUAUUUGACUCGAGAGAACACUCUGCACAAAUUAGAUUGUUUCAAAGGAUGGCGUUUGGUAGUCAAGACUACAGUUCUGAAUUUUUCAAUAAUUCUCAGACCAGCUGGAGGAGUUGAAGAAACACAAUACAUUUUUCAUAACACGUUAUAUUAUUAUCCACUGCUGAUAUAACUAAGAUACAUGCUAGAUACGCGGUUGAAGGUUGUUUGUGUGAUUUUUUUACACUAUCAGUGUAUGUAAAAUCUGACGUUUUUAGCAUGGUGGUUGCCAUCUUGGUCAUUCUUUAUGGGAAGUCUUGUGACAAGUUUUCCAUGUAAAUUUUGUUAUCAAUGUUUUAACAAUGUAAGAAUCUUUUGUCAUUCUUCUCUUUCGA